UUUCUAGCCUCUAAAUGGAGACUUUUUCUCCAAAGAAUAAAAACACAAACAUUCUCCUCAACCCUCUCUUCUUCCCCUUUCUCUUUCUCAGCCCACACAAAUUUCCCUUCGAUUCACAACUCCAUCACCAAUCAAGGUUCACAUUGUCGUCAAACCUCAUCAUCAUCAGUCACAGCAACUACUUUAUCUUUUUGAAUUUUCAUAAAUUGCGUUGAAUUCCUCGACCAAUAUGCCAUUGCUUCUCCAAAGGGUCAUCUACAGUUCCAUUGAUUCCCCUCACAAGGAUUUCAUGAAAUCAGAUUCCAGCAUGAAAAAUUUGCUCUCUUUCUUUUGAUGCCGCAAAUGGGGGUCUAAAAUUUUGUUCCUUUCCAAAAUCUGUGACAAGAUGAUGCAUUUCCAUCGUUCUUUAAGAUCACAUUCAGUGGGAACAAUUCUACCCGACAGAACCAUAGAGGAGCCUUUGCCUAGCAAAGUAGCACAAAGCACCGUCACAUGUUUCUACCAAGCCAAUAUUAUGGGCUAUUGGAGGAACGUAUCUGUGCUGUGGUGCAAAAAUCACAUGAACCAUUCCUUGCACAUCACGAUUGAUAGCGUAGGAGGUGAGGUGCAGUAUAGUUGCAAGAUUGACGUGAAGCCUUGGCACUUUUGGAGCAAAAAAGGGUACAAAACCUUUGAGGUUGAUGGCAACCAGAUUGAGCUGUAUUGGGAUCUCCGGUCGGCGAAAUUCUCCGGCUCCCCGGAACCCAGCAGCGACUACUACGUAGCCUUAGUGUGUGAUGAAGAGGUUGUGUUGUUGUUGGGGGACUACGAUAAUAAGGCUUACAAGAGAACAAAAUCUAGACCUGCCCUUGUUGAGGCUAUGUUGUUGGUCAAGAAAGAAAACGUGUUUUCCAAGAAAAGCUUCUCAACGAAGGCUCAGUUUGAUGAGAAGAGAAAAGAUAGUGAGAUUGUUGUGGACUGCACAACUGGGGGUCCUAAUGACCCUGAGAUGUGGAUUACCAUAGAUGGGGUUUUGUUGAUCAAUGUCAAGAACCUGCAGUGGAAGUUCAGGGGGAACCAAACUGUGAUGGUUAACAAACAACCUGUGCAAGUGUUUUGGGAUGUGCACGAUUGGUUGUUUAGUGGGUCUGGUUCAGGACCUGGGCUUUUCAUCUUCAAGCCAGGGCCUCCAGAACCUGAGAAUGAGAAAGAAGGGAGUGUUAUGGAGGGUUGUGGUGAGAGUGAAGAUGACAGUGUUGGAUAUUAUUCAACUAUGAAUGUUGCAGCCAUUGAGUUCUGCCUCGUUCUCUAUGCCUACAAAAUUGAGUAACAGAUAAAACAUUCACAAGUGUGUGUGAGAUAGUUGAGGGCAAAGAGUAACAAGGUUGUAAAGAUAGUUGUAUUUUUCUGUUCUGGUGGAUGGAUGUACUACUUAUAUUGUGAAGCCAAUGUUGCUUAUGCUAGGUAACUGGCAGAUUUUGAAAUCAGAAUAGAGUGAUUCAUAAUAUUUGCAGGAUGUUUUCUUAAAAAAGACUAUCUAUUUUAAAGCUAUUCUAUGGCUUGUGAAAAUUUUCACUUUUGUGAGCAAUUGCCGUAUGAGUAGAUAGCAAAGAACAUUACAA